AUGUCCAAAGACAAGAGCGAGAAGAAGGACAAGAAGAGAAAGGAGACCAAGGAGGUGUCGGAGACGGUUGAAGAGUCCAUAGUACCGGUCGGGGAGGACGUUGAGAUGGAGGGUGCGGAGGUUGUAAAGGUUGAGAAGAAGGUCAAGAAGGAGAAGGACGAGAUUGUCAUCCCCUUAGAGGACCUGUCGCCAAUAGCGCAUCCUCUAGCGCAGAAGAAACUGCUGAAGAAGCUUCAUAAAACAAUCAAGAAAGCUUCCAAGUCCAGACAGGUGAAACGAGGUGUCAAGGAAGUCGUGAAGGGGAUCCGGAAGGGAGAGAAGGGGCUGCUAGUUCUCGCGGCAGACAUUACACCCAUCGACAUCAUAUCGCAUCUGCCUGUUCUCGCUGAAGAUGCGGGUGUUCCAUACGUAUUCAUCACAUCGAAAGAGGAGCUAGGUCACGCUAGUGCUACAAAACGGCCGACAAGCUGUGUGAUGGUGUGCCCAGAUUCGAAAAAGAAGACAAAGCGGAAGGAGGGCGAGGAGGGCGAGGAAAAGGACGACGAGUACCGAGAACUGUACGAGGAGUGCCGUCGAGAAGUGGAAAAACUCGACCAGAAGGUCGUCUUUUGA